AAACCCUAACAUUUGUUGAUCCCAUCUCCCUCUGUUCUCUCUAAGACUCUCCCCUCUCUCUCUCUCUCUCCCGACUGAAACUCUUCUUCGCUGUCAAAAAUGGCUUCCGGGAAGGAUUCGGAUCCAACCCUUGGGUAUUUAACCCCCAGGGACACGGAAGUUCAGCUUCCGAGGCCGACUCGUGUGAAGAACAAGACGCCGGCGCCGGUGCAGAUCACCGCCGAGCAGAUCCUCCGGGAAGCUCGUGAGAGGCAAGAGGCUGAAAUCCGACCUCCAAAAGAGAAGAUAACAGAUUCGACUGAGCUUGCCGACUACCGCCUCCGCCGUCGGAACGAGUACGAGGACCAGAUCCGACUCGCUCGGUGGAACAUCGGAAUCUGGGUGAAGUAUGCGCAGUGGGAGGAGUCGCAGACGGAUUACGCUCGUGCACGGAGCGUGUGGGAACGCGCUCUGGAGGUCGAUUGCAGGAACCACACGCUAUGGCUCAAGUACGCCGAGUUCGAGAUGAAGAACAAGUUCGUCAACAGUGCUCGGAAUGUAUGGGACCGUGCCGUCACGCUCCUCCCGCGCGUGGACCAGCUCUGGUACAAGUACAUCCACAUGGAGGAAAUCCUAGGGAAUGUGGCCGGAGCUCGGCAGAUAUUUGAGAGGUGGAUGAAUUGGUCACCGGACCAGCAAGGCUGGCACUCGUUUAUUAAAUUCGAACUCAGGUACAAUGAAGUGGAUCGAGCUCGAUCGAUUUUCGAGAGAUUUGUCCUGUGCCAUCCCAAGGUGUCUACGUACGUUCGGUAUGCAAAGUUCGAGACGAAGAACGGCGAGGUGGCACGUGCAAGGAAUGUGUACGAACGUGCCACCGAGAAGCUCGCAGAUGACGAAGAAGCUGAGAAGCUCUUCGUGGCAUUUGCCGAGUUUGAGGAACGGUGCAAGGAAGUAGAACAGGCUAGGUUCAUAUAUAAGCUUGCACUUGAUCAUAUUCCCAAAGGAAGGGCUGAGGAUUUGUAUAGGAAGUUUGUGGCGUUUGAGAAACAGAACGGAGACAAGGACGGGAUCGAAGACGCCAUUGUUGGGAAGAGGAGGUUUCAAUAUGAAGAUGAGGUGAGGAAGAACCCUUUGAAUUAUGAUGCAUGGUUUGACUAUAUCAGAUUAGAGGAGAGCGUGGGCAACAGAGAUCGAGUCAGAGAAGUCUAUGAAAGGGCCAUUGCAAAUGUUCCGCCUGCCCAGGAGAAACGUUACUGGCAGAGAUACAUUUAUCUCUGGAUGAAUUAUGCCUGCUAUGAGGAACUUGAAGCGGAAGAUGUCGAGCGAACACGAGAUGUUUACAGAGAGUGUCUGAACCUUAUACCGCCAGAAAUUUUCCUUUGCGAAGAUAUGGUUGCUUGCCGCUCAGUUUGAGAUCCGGCAAUUGAAUCUCAAGGGUGCUCGACAGAUAUUAGGCAAUGCCAUUGGAAAAGCCCCAAAAGAUAAGAUAUUCAAAAAGUACAUUGAGAUCGAACUCCAGCUAGGAAACAUAGAUAGGUGCAGAAGAUUGUACGAGCGGUAUUUGGAGUGGUCCCCGGAG